CACGCCCAUCUACCUUUAUAACACAGCCCUUUACGACCACAUAGUUUGUCUCCUCUCAAGGGUCAUUUUUUUGUGCAGUAUUUCCUUUUAAAGCUGCAAUGCAAUUGCAAAGGCGGUUCGUGGGCUCGCUCGUCUUCACCGUAAUCGUCAGCGGGCUGCUCCUUCCCCACGGAAACGGAAACUUCAUGUGCCAGCGGGCUCAUGAAAAUGUUUACGAGGCAGACGGCUGCCCCAUCAAGAUCGUUCGCCAUCCAUCAAACAGCAAAUGUGUCUCCGUCCAGGUUUGGAUUCAACGUGGAGACUUGAGUCGAGCUCCCACAAUUGAACUUGCAUCCUUGAGAAAAGAGAUCAUCAGGCCCGUCAUCACGUAUAAGAGAAAAAAGAAAAAGUGGCACGUCAAGAAGAACAGAAGUACAAUCCAAGUGUGGUGUCCCGACAACUCUGACCUGCGUGGGCCACAUAGCAACGACACUUUAACCUCAUGGGAGCUGCUUUGCGACUGUGUGGAGGCCAAGCUACGGCUUCCCGUCACUGUAUCCUACCACGCCGCGUCGAUACGUUGCAGUGUCAACUACACUCUACCGGAUCCUGUGCCCAGCUUCUCUUUGUCUGUGCAUCAUGCAUCCAAAUCCAUCAACGUCACUGUGGAGUCGGAGAAUAAAGUCAUCACGAGGUGGUGCUACAAGCAGAGUGCUCACAAUUGCGUCCAAGGCUCGCCUUCCAACAUAAUCAUCAUUGAUCCAGCUCAGUCUCGCUCUGCACUUGUCAAGAUCCCGUUCAUGCUUCCGUGCGUCUGCAUACAAGUUUUUUACACCCACGCAGACGCCCCACGCAAAAUGGUGUGCCCUCUACAACACUUCCCUCUGCCAGAUGCGGAAAAUGUGUGGCUGUCCUCCAAGAUCACGCUGUACGAGUCCACUUUGAUUUGGCGCUCCGUGUGUCCCGCCCAAGCCUUCCCCGUAUCUGCUUCCCUCUGCUGGACGCAUCACAAACACAUCUGCACCCCCUUGCCCAACUCCACCCUUGACGUGCAGGAAGAUGGCACAAACCUGAUAUUUAACAUCUCAGCUGUGGACAAACACCCGCAGAUGUGCGUGAAGUUUUCCCUGCAAGGCAGCCACAACAUCUCUUGCCCCUUCAUGGCUGAUAUGCCAUCUUGGCAUGUUUCUCUGGAAGCUGGGCUGCGUACGCUGUCUGUGUUGGUCAAGUCUUCCGCAGCGGCCACCUUCUCGGCUCAAAUGUGCGUGCUGAGCCAGAGGGAAUGCACAUCCCGAGGGCCCGUCUGCGCAGUGGCGGUGGAAGCAGCGUCUGAGAGCAAAGUAAGCAUGCCUCUCCACUGGGCUGCGGGGAGCGCGUGUGUGCAGGUGUGGCAGUCAUUCCCCGCCCAAACUGGACGAAGAAUUCUGUGUCCACACGGAACUCGUGACAGAUGGGGGGCGAUAGCGGCAGCAGUUUUGAUUCUUCUCACCGUGCUUGCCGUUUUUCUCCACUCUCUCAAGAAAAAGGCAGCAAAAGCUUGGCUGUUCAUCCAGAAGCCAGUGUUGCUGGUGUGCUCGUCAGACACGUCGUCGCACGUUUCGGCCGUGUGUGCCUUGGCUUCCCUGCUUCGGGCGGAUCUAAGCGCCACGGUCCAUGUGGCCCUGUGCGCCGCAAGCUCGCAGAUGCGGGCGGAAGCUGGCGCCGAGACCAGCGUGGCCGACCUGGGCCCGCUGCCAUGGCUGUACGGGCAGUGGGAGGCUGUGCAGGAGGCGCAGGGAAAAGUCUUAAUAAUCUGGAGUCCCGAGGCCAAAAGGACGUACGGCAAAUGGAGGCAGCGUACGCGUGGCGGCAAAGACGAGGCUGACGACAAUUCCCAACACGAUGCCGGACGACCGGGAAUGCUUGAGGAAGGUGGGGCCGGAACGUGCGAAGACAAAGAACGGCUGAUGGAGGACCAACGCUCAGCCGUCAUCGAACCUGUGUUUGCGGCUGCUCUAGCCUGUCUGGAGAGCGCCCUGCACCGGCGCAAAGAAGGAGGCGUGGCCUUGGUCUACUUUCGUGGCCUGUGCCGCAGCAGGGACAUCCCUGAAGCCUUUCGAGACAUCCCUCGCUACUGCAUGCCGCGGGAUUUGGGAGGGCUCAUUGGGGAGCUCGAAGGCCCCAGGGCAACUAAUAAGACCUUUUGGGGGCGUUGUUGGUGUAGACUGCUUUCAAAGGGGAUGUCAGUGUGGCUGGCGAUGCAGUUGGCCCGCCGGCUGCGGACGCUGCUGCCUAAUGUGCAAAGGACAAAAGGCCCAAGGUGAUGAGUCUCAUCAGUCAGGAAAAAAAAGCUGGAUACAAUGCGGGGAAGAUCUUGCUGGCACUCGAAAAGGUAAUGAAGCGAGAGCACAACAGACGGCGGAGAAGCAUAAAAAAUCCGUCCUUGUGUGACUUCUACAUUCUGUAGUGAGGCAGCAGGAUUCUCAAUUACAGCGGCCCAAGCUUGAAUUUACAAUGACCUGUUGUGAAUAGAAAUGCCAUAGUGGCAUCAAACACGCGGCUUAGCUCCAUAGACUAAGCUCAGAAAGUGUCCGAAGAUGCCUGUGGAAAUGCACAUCAAGCGUUUGGAAAGUCACAGCGUUUUUGGAAUGCUCUUCAGUUAUUCAGAGUGCCACAAAGGGGCUGCCCGGAGCACGCUUCGUUGUUGAAGAGCGCCAGGCAGGACAAGAUGGAAGCUGUACAAGCAAGAUGUGAGGGUUAGGGGAUGAUGAAGAAUUUGGUAAUAACUUGUUCAUAAAUUCAAAGAAGGUGAGCCCACUCUGCUCCUCGGAACACUAGCACGGUUUAAUUUAGGUCAUUCAUUUGCUCUUCUGUCAGGAUAAUAUUCAUUUUGUUUUAAUACAUUCAUAUUUGAUCUAUAUUCGUUGUUUACUUUUGUUCAUUGUUGGACACCCUCUCUCAUUUGAUUCUGAACGGUGGCUAGUCUGAAGUUGUGCUUUUGAAGGUUUGCUCUCAUGUCCAUAAAAAUUAAAAAUAAAUUUCUGCAAUUUAUUAUCACUAAUACGUAGAACAAAACAAAGAUUAUCAAAUGGGUAGUUAUUGGCAUGUAUUUUACUGGGGUAAAAUACAUAAAAAAUCUCCACUUAUCGAUAUCAGUAUGCACAUUAAAAUAAUGCGGAAACUGUG